AAAGGAAGGGAAAGAGAGGAGGGGAGGAGGGGAAGUUUGUAACGGAGAGGAAAACAGAGAGAUGAAUAAAGGAAAGGUUGUUUAGAACAGAGAAGAAGGGAUGACAUGUUGUUAACUGUGAGCUGAUGUGAGUUACAGAAGAAGAGGAGGAGGAGGAGGGAGAUGGAGGACGUGGUGGAUGUUUCCCAGCAGCCUUGUGUGCUCUGUGAGGAGGAGGAGGACUGUUAGACUGAAGGGACUGCCUAUGGGACCUCCAGGUUGUCUAGUUUGACCCGGCUGCUGGUGACGAUGAGCGGGAAGCAGAGCGAGCUGGAGGGUCGCCUGGACGACAUGUUGUCCCGAAUCGCGAUGGAGACCCAGGAAAUCAAAGAUCUGGAGCAACAGCUGACAGAUGGUCAGAUUCUGGUGAAUGAAGCUCUUCAGAGGGACCUGGAGGGAAUCAUCUCUGGGCUUCAGGGGUAUCUGAGAGGACUUAGGGAGCAGGCCUCUAGUGCUCAGGAGCAGGUUCAAACUCUGCAGACUGAAAACAAGAGUCUGCAGCUCCACCUGGAGGUCACUCAGAGACGCUGCAGUCAGCUGGAGGACACUGCCAGAGUUCAGCGACAGGAGAUGUCCGUCCAGCAGGAGGAGCUGUCUCUGUUCCGGAUGGAGGCCCAGGCUCUGAGAGACAGACAGGUGGAGAGCAGCAGACAGCAGGUGGAGCUGGAGGCAGAGCUCCAGCAGCUGAGGAAGGAGCUGAGGCAUCAGGUCACACAGGGACAGUUGCAGCGCGAUGCUCUGCAGGCAGCUGUGGACAAGGAAGAACAGACCAGAGAGUGUCAGCUCCAGUCCUCCAUGGUCACCCUGCAGGAUGACAAGUCAUCUCUUCAGCAUCUCGUAGAGAGACUUCAGGACCAGCUGGAUCAGACCAAAGCCCGGUUCAGAGACAGCAGGAUGAAGCAAGAUCAGAGCAGAGUUCAGCUGGACCGGAUCACUGCUUCCUUGAUGCUUCCUCAGGAGGUCCAGAGUGAACCUGAUGAGCUGGAUGGAGGGGGAUACAGUCCGGUCAGUUCGGAGGACAUGUGGUCCAGGAGUAUGGAGCAGCUCUACAAGGCGGUCCAGCAAAGCAGGACCAGCAGGGACAAGCUCCAACAAGACCAAAGCCACAGCCAAGAACAGAUCGCAAGACUGCAGGCCCAGUUAGUCCAAGACGAGGAUCAGAUAGCCCAGUUGGAAGCCCAGGUGAUCUCUGGUGUGGAGCAGGAGUCUGAGUGGAGGCUGAAAGAGGAGCUGGAGGAUCUGAGAGUCCGACUGCAGAAGUCUCAGAGCAGGAACAGACGCAUUCAACACAAACUGGAGGCGGAGCUUCAGCAGAGCCGAGUGCAGCUUCAGGAUGUGCUGAAGGAGAGAGACACGCUUCUAGAGCAGCUUCGUUCACAGAGCAACAUGAAUCAGAGGAGCCUCCACAAACUGAAGGAGAAGCUACGGCAGCUCAGCAGGUCCAUGUGUGACUCCGAUCAGCUGACUGCAGAUCAGCUGACGUCGACCAUCGAACAGCUGAGACAUCUGAACCACAGCGUGGAGCUGCUGCACUCCAACUCUGACCAGAACUCUGCGGACGAGCUCGGCAGCGGGGACACACACACGCUGCAGUCUGAACACACACACGCGGUGGAGGAGCUGAAAGCUGAGCUGGCCAAAGCUCAGAGACACACACAGAGACUGAGACAGAAGCUGGACCAGACCAGGGCCAGAAACAGGACCAGGACUGGAGAAGGAGGACAGUGGUGCUUUAUACCUCCUGGACACAGCGCUCACAGUCUGGGCUCUCAGGGGACUCAGGACUCUGGUUUGGGUCUGCCUAACCUCAGUUCUCCAGAAAGAGGGCAACAGAAGAACAAACCACCCACAGGUGGAGGGUUCUGGGUCUACAUUCCCCCGGGACACACCGACUCAGGCACAGCAGCAGCAGAGUGGAGGGACAGCGGAGGAGGCAGUGACGCCGACAGGAGCCCAAGAGGACUGACUCCUCCUCCUCCUCCUGACCCAGCAGCAGCUGCCUCUGCUGGGCUCUCUGUCAACCCCACUCCCCUGAUCGGACCUGCCUGGCUGCUCUCACCUGCAGCUGUCGUCUACAGUCCUCCAGCAGGAGGCGCUGUGCUGCAGUGUAACAUCCCAGAGCACAAAGACAAGGAGGUAGACAGGUGUGUGUGCGAGUGUGUGCACAAAGAAGCAGAAAGACUGGAGGAGAAGAAGAAACUACAAUUGGAGGUUAAACAUCUACGACACUCACUGAGACGAAACAGGAGCGUGAUGCAGGUGUGUGAUGAGGUGGAGUGUGUGGAGAAAACUCUGCUGAAGAGACGAGCUGAACUCCGGCAGGCCGACAGACUGCUGCUGGAGGCUCAGAGCUGCAUUCACACCUCCAGAGACAAGGCCAGCUCAGCUCAGCAGGAAGCCGACAUGCUGCUGCAAACAGCUCAGGACAGCGCCACCUGUCUGUGGGAGGCCACUCAGCAAAUCAGAGAGCUGCAGGAGGAGGUGGAGGAGCUCGGGAGGAGGAGGCAGGAGGAGGAGCACAAGCUGAAGGAGGUGAAGGAGGCCGUGAGGAGCAGAGACGAGGAGUUCACACAGCUGGGCGCAGAGAUAGAGUCAGCUACAGACAGGUUAUCCAAUGUGCUGUCGGACCUUCAAGAGUCUCAGAAGCAUCUGCACUCAGUCAGCGAUCAGGCGGAGCAGCAGGAGCAGAGGCUGCUUCAGAGGAGGGAGGAGCAGCAGACUGAAAACCAAGGACUGGAGGAGAUCAGAGAGGAGGAGCAACGACUGCAGAACAGAGUCAAGGAGCUGUUGGAGCAGCAGGAGGCAUUGUUGAGUGAGCGGAGGUCCACAGUCUCUGCUCUGAAGGAGGAGGAGCAGAGACUGAGCACUGUGCGGUGUGAACUGGACACACACAGAGCAGAGCUAAAGCAGGUCCUCCAGGAGUUGCUUGCAGAGCAGCAGGGGCUGGAGGACGUGAAAACCAAACACACCCAGAGUCUCCAGCGGCUCCAGAAGAAGCAGGACCGGCUGGACAGAAUACGAGAGGAGGUGGACCGGACGAAGGAUGAGCUGGACCUUAAGAGGGAGGAACUGGACGGAAAGCAGGCCGAGGUGGACCGGAUGAGAGACGAUCUGGUCCAGAUGGAAGACGAAGCGGGCAAGAAGAAGGAUGAGCUGGAAAAGAUGAGAGAGGAGGUGUGUAGGAGGAAGGAUGAGUGUGAUCAGAUGCAGGAGGACGUGAGUAAGAAAAGAGAAGAGCUGAGUGAGCUGCAUCGAGAAGCCGAGUCCCAGAGAGAGGAGGCGGAGACACGUUUCAGAGAGACUGAAGGACAGCGCACAGAGCUGAAGGAGCUGCAGGAGGAGCUGAGCAGGAGGAGGGAGGAGAGGAGCAGCAUUCAGGAGCAGUGUAGACACCUGGAGGCCAGACGCAAACAUGCCGACAGGAGUCUGUCUUCUGUGGAGGUGGAGCUUAACAAACAAAGGGAGGAGCUUAGUCGUCUCAAACAGGAAGUGGACAGAGAAACAGCAGCUCUCCAGGAGCAGCUAAAUGAGAACUCUGAGCUGCUGUCUCUGCUCGGUGAACGAGUGCAGGAGAGGAAGAAACAGCUGCAGACCCUGGAACAGGAGGUGAGUGUGUGGAGUGAGCAGCAGCAGCAGAGAGAGGAAGAACUGAAGGAGCUGGACGGACAGAUCAAACACAAACAGGAGUUGUGUGUUGAAUUGGAGGAUGUUAAAGGUGCAGUAUGUGAGCUGGAAGAAAGAGGGCGACGUCUCACUGAACAGCAGCAGCAGCUCGAUCAGCGCGAAGAGGAGCUGUGCAAGAAGGACAAAUGGCUUAUCGACAAAGAGGAGGAGCUCAAGCGAAAAGAGGACGAGUUAAUUCAAACGGAGGAGGGGCUACAGCAGAAAGAGGAGGAGCUUCGUGUCAAAGAAGAAGUGCUCGGCAAAGAUGAGGAUUUCAUCAGGGAGGAAGAAGAGGACCACAACGAGGAGGAGGAGGAGGAGACGUUCUACCUGUCCACAGCUGGACUCAGACCAGACUUCAGAUCAGAGGAGGAGAGGUGGGAGGUGGAGCUGCAGAGAGAAAAACUGAGACAACAGGAGGAUCGUCUGAAAGCUCGUCUGCGCUGCAGGUUGUGGAACCAGCAGGAGGACCUGAACGUGAAAGGACUGGAGACUGAGGAGAGUCUGCUGGGACUGAAAGACAAACUGGACCGGCUGGACUCUCUGCUCACACACACUCCAUAACACACACAGAUAUCAGGAUAGACUUUUAGACGUCCUCUCCUCUCGUCUUUAAGUGUUUAACAUUCUGUUUCUUCAGCAGAGUUUUUAAUGAGCCAGAAACUGUUAACCUGAGCUUUACUUUUGUAACGUGAAACCAAAGUCUGACUGAAUAUUCUCUGAGGUCUGUGAAGAGACGACAUGAAGCACUUGAACCUCUCGUUAUGGAACACUUUAUAUUUGUUGCACUAAAGGUCUGCUAUGCAAAUAAAACAUGAUAUUUAUAUUUGAAUUAAACUGUUUUUAAGUG